UAGGGUGUGACUGGCGAACUUUCAUGGCAGAGGGAGGAUUCUAGUCCGACACUCUGACCGCUAUGCAUUGUUGUGGCCUCUCAUCCCCAUUCUGGAACUACCCGUUUACUGCUGCUUCUUUUCUACUUCCUGACCUGGCAGUGACAAAAGCAGCAGCAGCAGCAAAUCCUUCCUGGACCCCUCUCUACUCUGUCAUCCCUGGCAUCAGGACACUGGGUUAUGUAGCUUCCAGUCAAGCAGUGUUGGUAGACCGGACCAUGUAUAUAGCAGGACAGAUUGGCAUGGAUCCUUCAAGUGGGCAACUUGUACCUGGAGGAGUAAAGGAACAAACUAAACAGGCACUUAAAAAUAUGGGGGAAAUUCUGAAAGUGGCAUACUGUGACUAUGGCAACGUGGUGAAGACAACUGUUCUGAUGGCUGACAUGAAGGACUUUGAUGAUAUGAAUGAAGUAUACAAGCAGUUUUUCGAGGGUGACUUCCCAGCCAGAGCAGCUUACCAAGUCGCAGCUCUACCAAAAGGGGCACGUGUUGAGAUUGAAGCUGUGGCCAUCAGUGGACCACUCUGCGAUGCCAAGCAUGACACUAGAGGCAACCUUUAAACCCAGUGGCUUGGUUUUGAUUAAACUUGUUUAAUGGAACUGGUCGUCUCUUCCACUCGGAUCCUACAUGAGCUGUUCUGAAUAGAGGGAAUGAAUUCCAUCCCAUUCCCUGCCGCUCUUAUGUCCUAUUAAGGCUCUAGCUUGAUGCACAAUUUGGUAGGAAUGACAUUUAUUGUAGAACUUUAAUGUCACAAGCUGUUGAAGAAUGUUUUAUUGCUUCAAAUAGUAUUUUGAUGGAUAGACACUAGUGAUUUAUCCAGAUACUGUGAAUAGGAUUUUGAUGUAAUUAAUAUAGAAACUUAAGAGGCAAGUUGGAAUUACCUUUAGAAGGAAAAAUAAGGAAUGUUAUACUACAAUUACAGAAGCACAGAGCUAAGUAUUGGUAGACUUAAUGUUACCAAUUAACCUAAUAAGCUUACCUCUAUCUACUAGACAAAGUAGUGUUCAGACAUGCAAAAAUUUUUAACUCAUGUUUUCAGAUCUCUAACAUGCUACAAUUAGUCCGGAUUUAUGUAUUUUUGAUGAGAUUUUAAUAAA